AUGAAGGGGUCAGGAAGCGAGCUUACGAAGAGUUGCUCUUCCACUGUUGAUCCGAUCUUCCAGCCACAGAUAUGGUGCGGACAGCAUCUUUCAGGGCAGGAAACACCUCCUACAAAAUAUGUAUAUAAUUAUUCACAACUUGAUGAAUAUCAUCAAAGGACACCAAUGUGUCGGAUUGCUGAACUUGCACGAUAUAAUAAAAUCAAACAUGAGUACAAACUUAUGGAUGAGAGUGGACCUGCUCAUAGAAAACAAUUUACUGUUUCACUUGUUCUUACUCCUGAUCAGAUAUUUUAUGGAAAAGGAGCAUCUAUAAAAAAAGCUCAACAGUCAGCUGCUGAAAGUGCCUUGAAUGAAACGAAUUUGCCAAAGCCACCAGAUAAAGUUUUACAGAAAAAAGUGAAAAAUGACUUUCAAAAUCCUGUAGGAUUACUCAGAUACGUGAUGGAACGUCUUGGUAUUGAAAUAAAAUUUGUUGACGAAGUUAUACCGAUGUGUUCAGUACCACCACAUUCAGUUGUUCCCUUACCAAUGCGGUUGCUUGCUUACUUUUGUUUCAAAUUAAUUACUGAAGUUAAUUUGUUUGAUAAUUACAGAACGCUCUUAAGAAGUCCUUUCAUGCCAAUGCUGCACGAUCAGUUCUUGGUUCCUCCUCUUCGUAGAGUACCGUUUAACCGUCCUUGUAAUCCUGGAACUCUUUGUCAGUUACCAUCAAAUAUUAUACCAUCGCCUAAUGCAGUGAUACCUCCUCAAAGACCAUUUCUUCAUAAUUUUCCCAACCAGUCACAGCCUAUUCAUAAAGUUCGUUUAAUACUAAAUAAAGGGUUUCCGGAAUUCAUCGGGAAAGGAAUAACAAAGAAGCGAGCUAGAAACAAUGCUGCCACUCAGGCUCUUUCUUAUGUCGGUCCCUAUCUAGCAGCAUUGGAAACACAAGCAAGCAACAAAAUAAAUGGUUUGUCAGCAGCUAAGAUCGAAAACUUUGAAAAAGAUAACGUGAAAUCGGUUGUCACAAUUGCACGCAAUGGAAAACCAAAGUCAUCAAUUUCUCAAAUUCAUGAAUGUGCUUUGCACAUGCGCAUGAAUGUCGAAUUUUUGGUUUUAAAAGAAGAAGGACCGGCUCAUGAUAAACGAUACUUAUUACGUUGUAAACUAAUCUCAUCUGAGCGGGUCAUAUCUGCAGAUGGUGAGGGAAGUAGUAAAAAAAUUGCAAAACAAAACGCCUGCUCAUUAAUGAUAGACAAAUUGCAAUCCGUUGAAUCAUCUCCGAUUUUUAUCGCUACCACGAUGUUGAAAACGCAAAAGAAAAAUGGUUCAUCGAAAGAAAUGAAACGCAAAACAAUUAUUAAGGACAUGAAAAUGAAUCCAGAAUAUGGUCAUCAGAUCAAUCCCAUUAGUCGUUUAAUGCAAGUUAUGCAAGCGCGAAAGCAAAAUGAACCGAAAUUUCAAUUAAUUUCGGAACGUGGGCAAAGUCGAUACAAGGAAUUUGUGAUGGAGGUUAUCUGUGAUGGAGAUCUUCGAUGUGAAGGUGUUGGACCAAAUAAAAAACUUGCGAAACGCGCUGCUGCUGAAGCAGUGUUAGAAAAAAUCGGAUAUGUAAAACCAAUGCCGAAACCUGGAAAAAGUCUUCUGAAAAAAAGGCAUGAAAAAUGCGCACAAAAUCCUGAAAUCGGUGUUUUUCAACCGGAUGAUAAAAGCAAAUCCGUGUUAGAAGCAGAUAAGGAAGAAGACAAAGAACAAAGUGAUCCAAAAGUCUCGGAAAUUACUCUAUCUGUUACGGCAUCGAUGGGUUCGCAAGUUAUGGCGUUUGCUGGUGUUGAUAAAAUGGUGCAUGCUGGAGAACAGAAAGAUAUUUGCAGUACUAGUUUUUCAAAGUCGACUAACACUGAUGAAGAAGGGUGUUGCAAUAAAAUGAAGCUAGCUGCUCAACCUAAACGUCGUGUUACAUUUAGUAACGAAGUCAGUUCAUGUCCACCACCUGAUGACAGUAGCUAUCCAUCUGCUUCAAUAACACCGUUGAAAUCAGAAGUUGUUGUUGUUAAUAAACUUCGUAGAAAAGGCCGGGACUCGAAAAAGUGGCUUUCUGAAGUUGAGAAAAAAGAAAUUGCUGAAAAGUCUCUGGAUUUUUUCAAAAUACAUGAAAUCAAUAUUCAUUCUUAUGAUAUCAUGAGAGGAGGUAGUGAUGGGUUAAUGCUAAUAGAUGAUCAGAUGGAACAAUUGUCUUUAAGUCAAAAUACAUCGACUAAAUAUUCGACUGCGAAAUGUUAUCUGGAAGCAAUCGCUGAACGUUACAAAUUUACCGUCAGCUAUACUGAUUUUCCGACGACUUCAAAUGGAAUGGAAAGUCAAUGCUUUUCUCUCAUUUCAGUUGGCAUUGAUCAGCCCAUUGUUUGUCAUGGAAGUGGAAACACUGAACAAAUUGCUCACGAAGAUGCUGCUCGUAACGUUUUACUUCUUCUUUGCAAAAUUUGA